AUGAAGGUGCUCAUCACCGCUGGAAUCCUUCUCGUCUGCGCGUACUGCGUCACGUCGACUGCUCUGCCUCGUCUCAAGAGAAAAAUCGAAGAUCUCAAAAUGUCGGAUGAUGAAAAGGAGGAGCUUGUUGAUUUUUUCAACCAAAUUCGAAGAGGUAUGGCCAAAGAACUUGAAGUUUCAAACAUGCAUCGGCUGAAAUAUGACGAAGACAUGGAGUCAAAAGUCAAAGAUUUCGGUUGCAAAGAAGAGGAUGUGCAAAAAUAUCUUGAAGAAAAGGCUCAAAAUUUGAAGAAAGGCGAUGCGGACGGACUCAUCAAAUUUUUGAAUGAAGUGGGAGAGGAUACACCAUUGGGAUGCUUUGAUCCUGAAAAAACAACAAUCGCAUGUGUUGGCAAAAAGUGUGAGAAUGGUAAGGAGACUGGUAACUGCAUCUGUGGACCAAGUGGAAAAGGCGAUGUGAAGAAAGGAAAAGCUGGGAGUGAUUGUGAUGAUGAUGAUGAUGGACUCUGUAAAAAGAGCGCAUCCUCGAACUUCUUCAUCUUUGGCACAAUCGUCAACAUGAUUCUCUUCUACUUGAUUGCUUCCUUCUUCUGA